AUGUAAUCCUAAUACAACAGCACAGAUACUUCAAUAGACGAAGUAAAUUAUGAAGAUGAGCCAAGUAUUUCAUAAGUAAAAGAAUUAAGAGAAACAUUUUUUAUCAACAGACUGAAUUCUGAAAAAAAAGAAUCAAGAAAAGUCAGUUUUAAUGAAUUAGAAAUUGUUUUAGUUUUUGAUGAAUGUGAUCCACCAGUUAUGGUGAGUGAAGAUUUAAUUAUAUAUUAAAAGCAGACAGGAAAAAAAUUUUAAAUAUCCAGAUAUCCAACUACUUCAAUAUUGAAAAAAGGAUUAUGA